AUGCCUCAACCAUCUUCCGUGAUGGCCGUUUCGGCUCCAGGCAAGGUCCUCUUGUCCGGCGGCUACCUUGUCCUCGAUCGCAAGUAUACUGGAACGGUGUUCGCCCUCGAUGCGCGCAUCCAUGUCGUUGUUCAGCAGCUGAGACGGGGUCCGGCGCAUAGCAAGACUGAGUCUGGCAGUGAUGAGCAGGAGGAUAUUAUUGUUGUACGAUCACCCCAGUUUGUGGAUGCUGUCUGGGAGUAUACUUUCCAGCGCUGUGAGAAUGGCGGUGGAGUGAAAGUUAUCCAGAAGGGCAAUGGACCUCGGAAUCCGUUCGUCGAGACCUCCGUUAGCUAUGCUUUGACUUAUAUCAGUUACGUCGCUGACUCGAAAGAUUUCGGCUCUCUAUCUGUUACCAUCAUGAGUGAUAACGACUACUACUCCGAGACUUCUACAUCGAAGGGCUCCGCCGCUCAAGAGUAUGGCGGCCGCUUUUCUAAUUUCGGUAUUCCUCUCUCAGAGGCCCAUAAGACGGGACUGGGUUCGUCAGCUGCCUUAGUCACCGCUCUCGUCUCGGCCUUGGUUAUCCACCGUACUAUGCAAGCCGAUGACCUCGGUGGUGGCCGUGACAAGCUCCACAACCUAGCUCAGGCCGCACACUGCGCGGCGCAAGGAAAGGUUGGUUCCGGCUUCGAUGUCGCUACUGCUGUGUACGGAUCAUGUCUCUAUAAGCGAUUCUCGCCCGCGAUCCUAGAGUCAGUGGGCGAUGUGGGGUCAGCCGGGUUCGAAGAGCGAUUGUUCGCCGUUGUCGAGGACGCCAACCCAGCGCACUCGUGGGAUACAGAGUGCGUGGAUUUUGGUAUGCAGCUCCCGCGCGGGAUGCAGAUGGUCUUGUGUGACGUGGACUGUGGCUCUCAGACGCCAUCCAUGGUGCGGAAGGUGUUGCAAUGGAGGAAAGAAAACCAGCAAGAGGCCGAUAUUCUCUGGGCCAGCUUACAGAACAACAAUGAGCGGUUGCGACAGGAGCUGAAGCGUCUCGCCCAACACCCCGAUUCCAACACUGAUGCAGAAUUCUCCGAGAUCAGCAGUUAUCUCCAGCGCACGCGGCAGCAUAUUCGCACCAUGACGCAGCGUUCAGGAGUUCCUAUCGAACCUAGUGUCCAGACUGAGCUGCUGGACAGGGUUUCUGAGAUCGAUGGCGUUAUUGGCGGAGUUGUGCCGGGUGCUGGAGGGUACGAUGCCAUUGUGUUGUUGAUUAAGGAUGAUACGGCUGUGAUUCCCCGACUGAACGAGCUUUUCGAAAACUAUCAAAGUACCGUAGAGGAUGACUUUGGAGGCAAGAUUGGCAAGGUUCGACUAUUGGGUGUGCGGCAUGGAUCUGAAGGAUUGAAGACUGAAUUCUUGGAGCAGUAUGCUGGCUGGCUCUAA